ACAAAAUUUAAUUUAAUUUGAAGAAUAAAGCAAACAGCUGCAAACAGUUCUAUAUUCUCUUUUGUAUAGUAAAAUGCAAUCACAAUCUCUAAUUCUCCCUGGUUCUCCAAUUUUCUCUUUUUCUUUUUUUUGUUACACCACAUAUAAUUCCAUUGCUAUCAGUUUAUACAGAACGCAUACAGUUUUACAAUAUCAGUUUAUAUAGAAAGUCUCAGAAUUUCCACUGUUAAAUUCUGAUUAUCCAGUCUCAGUUUCUGUUUCCAUCUUCCUCUCUGUUGAUUCUUUUCCAUAUUUGAGAAUAACUGAAACUGUUGUAGUUGUGUGAGCUGAAGUUUGAUGUCUGUGCCAUUGGAACAAGGCUAUGUAGGGUUAUCAGAGGUUUCUGCAAUGGAAAGUUCUGACAAGUUUUCUACUAGUGCUGGCUUGAACCUCAAGGCUACUGAGCUGAGGCUUGGUUUACCAGGUUCCGAGUCACCGGAGAGAGAUGGGGGUGUGGAAGAAAAAAAUGGGCACCCUUUAGGCAUGGUCAAGAAUUUGGUGUCUGGGGCCAAGAGGGGUUUCUCAGACACCAUUGAUGGGGGUUCUGGGAAAUGGCUUCUCUCAGGGAAUGGUGGAUCUGAGGUGGAUUUGGGAAAAGAUUGUGGCUUGUUCUCACCAAGGGGUAUUGGUGCUGGUGCUGCCAAGGCUGAGUCUGCCAACCAACAAAUUUCUGUUGUAAAAGAUAAAGUUCCUCUGCCUCCAAAACCGUUGAAUGAGAAGAAACCUCAGAUAUCUGCUCCUGCUGCAAAGGAACAGGUUGUGGGAUGGCCACCAAUUCGAUCUUUCAGGAAGAACUCAAUGGCCACUCAGCCUCAGAAGAAUGAUGAUGAUGCAGAAGCCAAGUCAGGGUGCCUUUAUGUGAAAGUUAGCAUGGAUGGUGCUCCAUACUUGAGGAAAGUGGAUCUCAAAAACUUUGCCACUUACAUGGAACUGUCUUCAGCACUGGAAAAGAUGUUUAGUUGUUUUACAAUCAGACAAUGUGGUUCUCAUGGAGUUUCUGGUCGAGAUAAGUUGAGUGAAAGUAGAUUGAUGGAUCUGCUUCAUGGUUCAGAAUAUGUUCUCACCUAUGAAGACAAGGAUGGUGAUUGGAUGCUAGUUGGUGAUGUUCCAUGGGAGAUGUUCACUGGCUCAUGCAAGAGGCUGAGGAUAAUGAAAAGUUCUGAAGCAAUUGGACUAGCACCAAGAGCCAUGGAAAAAUGCAAAAGUGGCAACUAGCAAUAUGGUAUUGAUACAGAAAAGAUGGAGUACUAAUUAUUACCUUUAAACACAUGAUAGAAGAGUUCAAAGGCAAGUGCAGGGCACAAGCUGGGGAUUCUCUUGGUUGAAUAUGUAAAAUCCUACGUAUAGGAUCCAAGUAUCUUAGGCCAUAUAUGUUUGUUGUAGACAUUUCUUAGGCUUGUUGGUUUAUCCUCACUUCUCUUCAGUCACUGCACUGUGAACUUCAUAAGAUUGAAGCUGUCUCACUAAGUAAAUUUUGUAACUCAAGUAUAUGAAGUUUAAUA